UUAACUUUCAGAGGUGGAGGUCUUGAGUUACGUUACUACACUCUAAAUAAAGAAAAUUAAGUUACAUGACAUUGACUUCGAGUCUUGAGAACGAAUAUUCUAAAGUCUCGAACCGCAUGCCUUGAUAAUGACUUGUUUUUUGGGGGUUUAAACAUUUUACCUGUUUUUAGUUUAUAAUUUUCCAGCUGGGCUGGUUGUGAUAAAAGGUAAAGUUUUUGUCAUCCGCCAAUAAAACCAUAGCAUUUAAACAAAUAGUAAUUUCCUCCUUUUUACCUCUGUUAUCUCAGGCAGUGUAACAGGACGUAAAGGCAGGGAGAUAUUCAGUAUUUUUCUGCAAAGAAAGUGCCAGCCAGUGCCAGCCAGUGAGGGAGAGUCCGCGUGAUGGUUUAACGUUACACACAGUGAGUUCAGAGCCUGCCUGCUCAACAGGAGACCUCUUGGUUCAGGAAGAUUUGAGCAUAAAUCAGAACAGCCCUGUACACCCAGCUGUCUCUAGGGAUGAAACAGAUGAGAGUGAAAGUGAUGUGAAAGAGAUGGAUACUUGUCACCCACCUUCAGAAGUGUAAUCUGAGCUUCCACUUACUUCUGAUACUGCUCUUACUGGACCUGAUGACAGAAGAAGAAUGGAGAAGUGAUCAUCUCUGCUUGGUUGAAUGAAGUUGGAGAAAACCUUUUUCAAGUUAACCCUGUUAAAGUCUCUGACAACAAAAGUCAUAACUGAUCCCUGUGUCCAAUUAUUUUAAGACAACAGAAGUAUUUUACAAAUAUUACUAAAGUACAGAAUUGUAGGCCGUUAUUGUGUCAUGACUCAGUCGAUGAGAAAAGAGGAAAUGAGAAACACAGGAAGAGUUACAAAUGUUCUCAUGAAGAACUAUAAGUAGAUGAUGAGAAGAGACUCAGUAAGAGAAACACAACAUGACUGAGAAGAGUGAUAUAUGUCUGCUGGGACUGAUCCUUCUCUCUUCACUAUUCACAGGUGUGAGUGAAGCAGAAGUGACUCAUGUGUUCAUCAGUUCUGGUGAAAGUGUGUCUCUGUCCUGUAAUGAUGCUCUUCAUCAAUGCUCCUCAACUACAUGGAUCUACAGUAAUUAUACAAGAUCAUCUGAAGUAGAAGUGUUUACUGGAGGAAUAAAUAAGAAUAACACAGAGAGAUCUGAGAGACUGAGUCUGACAUCUGACUGCUCUCUCAACAUCUAUAAAACAACACAACAUGAUGGUGGAGUUUACACAUGCAGACAAUAUGUGAAUGGACAUCAUCAUGAACCUGAUUCACGUGUUAAUCUACAUGUUCUUCAUGUGUCUUCAUCAUCAUCAUCACAGACUGAGAUAAGAGCAAACACAUCUCUCACUUUCUCCUGUCAGCUGUUUACAUAUGACUGUGAUUAUGAGUUCAGUUAUUAUGGAUACCAGCUGUUGUGGAUGAAUCAGACUGAUGUUGAUCUACAGACAGACUCCAGAUAUCAGAUUAGAUCAGAUAAACUCUGUCUCAUCUCUCUGACUACAACACUCGUGAAUGAAGACGACAACACAGAGUUGAGAUGUGUGCUCAAACACAAGAAUGACAUCAAGACCUCAGUCACAUAUACUGUCAGAUUUACAGAUUCAAACAAGAUUCUAGUGACCACCACAAACCCUGAGAGAUUCUCAACUCUUAACACACCAGAAACUACACAACAACAAGCAUCAACUACAACAUCAAUAAUAAUAAGAGUGAUUCUAGUGAUUGUUGAGGUGUCAGUGUUUGCUGCUCCUACUGUCAUUCUUCUUCAGAUCAUCUGUGCAGGAAGAGCGCAAAACAGAAGAAGGACUCAGAACACUCAUCCAGAAGACACAGUGAUGUCAGCAGUUUUGGAAUAAAAUCUCAAGGGCACCUCAGUCGUAAGCCACCGGCCCUAAGAAUUGAACCUGCAACCUUCUGGUCAGAAGUUCGACUCUCUAACCAUUAAACCACGACUGUCUGUAAUAUCUUCUUUUCUCUAUUAAUGUGAUAGUUCAUCCACAGAUGAAACAUCUUUCAUCAUUUACUCACCUUCAGUAACCUGUAUUUUUUCCUUUGUACACAAAAGAAGAUAUUUUGAAGAAUGUGGGGAAGUAAACAGUUCUGGGUCACCAUUGACUAUAGUAAUCUUUUGUUUGGUUACACACAUUCUUCAAAAUUCUGUCUUUGUGUUCAGCAGAACAAAGUAUUUUACACAGAUUUGAAACAUCUUGAGGGCGAGUAAAUGAUGACAGAAUGUUCAUUUUUUUCGUGAACUAUUACUUUAAAUAUGUCAACAGAGUCUGACGGUUUGUGUAACUGCAUGUGUGUUAUUGCAUUUGUGUAGCGUAGUUAAAUUGUGUGUUGAUUUAUAUCUGUUAAUUCUGGCUUAAACAUGUUUUGAUUUUGCAUAAUAGCUGAAUAAAAUGUCUGAUAAUGAUCUCUGUCACAGACUCAGAUGCUCUGUUAGCCACG